AUGUCAUCGACGAAUUCGCCAUGCGCGGCCUGCAAGUUCCUUCGUCGGAAGUGCACACAAGAGUGCAUUUUCGCACCAUAUUUCCCGCCGGACAACCCACAGCGCUUCGCAAGCGUCCAUCGCGUCUUCGGCGCCAGCAACAUCGGCAAGAUCCUCAACGAUCUUAGCCCCUGCCAGCGGGAAGAUGCGGUGACGUCCCUUGCGUUCGAGGCGGAGGCGCGCCUCGACAGCCCAGUGUACGGGUGCGUCAGACACAUCGUCAUCCUCCAACAGCGCCUGCACCAAAUACAAAUGGACCUCCUCCACGCCAAGAGCGAACUCAGCGCCUACAUCAACCCACAAGGCAUUCAGGGUCCGUUCUCCCCUCAUGGAAUUCGAGGGCUACCACUUUACCCUCAAGGAAAGCCGCCGUCUUCGUCUGCGGCUCUUUUCGGCCCGCCUUACGGCCCAAAUGUUAUUCAGUCUUUGAUGCCACCAUCUUCUGUGCAGCAUAAUGGAACAAUGAAUGCUAAUGCCGACCUGGAUCCAGAGCAGCGCGAGUUGUUGGGGGCAGCACAGCAACAUGACAUGAUGGUCAGAAACUAUGAACAGCAGCAGCAGCAGCAGCAGCAGGAGUAUCUAAGAUACAAUGCUGCUACUGGGGUUAUUGAACCUGUGGCAGCUGCAAGUCCGGUUUCAGUUGUCACAGCCGACGGUGAUGGCCGUGGAAAUGGAGUUUUUGCCCAGAUGGCUGCACAUUCAGGCGGUCAAGGAGGUGAGCUGACACCUUGUUUGGGUUUGGGGACAUUUGACAGUGGUGGAACUUAUCACCAUCAGUUGCAACAAGAACCACCACAACAUGGAGGAGUAGGGGAAAAUUAUGUUGGUCUUGCAAAUCGUCAUCACUAUCCUGUUGAGGCGCAAUUCCUGCUCCCAUCACAACAACAACAGUCAGAGAGUGAGGACUGUAAGAGUGUCGGCCCUUGUUGA